UUUCUCACGGAGACCGAGCCCGUUCACUCCAGUAAAGCGGGAGGGGGCCGCAAAAAUCCCGCCCCUCCGAGGGCCGGCUCUUGCCUGCCGGCCUCUCCAGCCGCUUUCCCCGUCAGCAGGGGCAGUUUCGAUUCCCGGCCGCGCGGCCGCCGCCUGCACCUCCCGUCCGGCUCUCGGCGGCGAUGCUGCGGCUCUGCGCCCCGGGCUCGCCGGGCCCGCACCCCCUCCGCCGCGCCCUGCCGCCCGCAGCCUCCGCCGUCCGCGACCGCCUGCAGGAGUGCGCGGAGCGGAUCCCGGAGGCCGGAGCGCUACUCGACCUGCUGGAGAAAUGCCCUGCGCAUCAGCAGAAGGGAAGAUUUCCCGUCGUGGUUUUCGAGGGGCUGGACGCCACAGGCAAAACCACUGUAACCCAGUCUGUUAAGGACACCCUGAAUGGCUUUCUGCUGAGGUCCCCACCAGCUUGCAUCAGCCAGUGGAGGGCAGUAUUUGAUGAUGAGCCAGCACCCAUUAGAAGGGCAUUUUAUGCUGCGGGCAACUACAUUCUUGCUUCAGAAAUAGCAAAAGUGUCCACUCAGGCACCUGUGAUCGUAGACAGGUACUGGCACAGCACAGCUGCCUACACAAUUGCCACUGAAAUAAAUGGGAAAGUCCAGGAUCUUCCACCAGCUCAUGAUGAGGUGUACCAGUGGCCUGGCGAUCUGCUUAAACCUGAUCUUGUUCUUCUCCUGACUGUUGACCCGGAGGAGCGAGUCCGGAGACUUCAGCGUCGAGGCCUGGAGAAAACAAAGGAGGAAGCUGAACUGGAAGCUAACACCUUGUUUCGCCAAAGAGUUGAAGAGUCCUACAGAAGGAUGGUGAAUCCUUCAUGCCAAGAGGUAGAUGCCAGUCCUUCCAAGGAAGAGGUUCUCAACACAGUGCUACAGCUAAUUAAGAAACACUGUGCUUUGUGAAAGCAAGUUCUGCAUAAUACCACUUAAAACAACUGUCUAUUGCAAUUCAGAGAUACUUUUUAUUACUCCUCUGGGUUUAGUACCGGAAAAUGCACUGUGAUGUGCUUUGUCUCACAGAAAAAUCUCUUUCUUCUGUCAGCAAUAAUCUGUACAGAUUAUCUUUUUCACCAUUGCCUACUAUACUUUUCUGUAAAAGGCAAAAUAUUACAUGUUAUUCAGCAUUCUUAGUAAAGCCACAAACAUACUAGGGUUAUGUACAAAGUACUUCAGAGUGCUCUCUAACACUGUGGCAUUUCAAGAUACUAUCAUGUUGCAUCUUCAUCACCAGGAAAACCUGUUCCUGCAUCCAUCGUGUACCAGGAUUCACUGGACUGC